UGAGAGGUACAUAUUCUGUUAUUUAAUCAUUCAGUAAUUCGUUGAAAUGGAUUGCAUUCCUCGACUCUCAUCAACGGCCUAUGUGGGACUGUGUCGUGAACUAGGGAGUCCCACAGAGGUGCGGAUCAGGAGAGAAGUGAUGGACACUGAGGAGGCCGCGAUGAAAUCUUUGUUUAUCAUGAUUGGAUGUGACAAAAUGAAGAGUGGGAGUAAACGUGAAGGAUUUAGAUUGAGUUUUUCAGAUUACGAUUUCAUGUUAUGGCCUCCAGACCACAAGGUAAUCUGUGAUCUCUCUCAGAUCUGUCUUUACCGUAUCCCACAACACACUGUGAUUCUGAUGGAGUGUGAUGAUCUACCACCGGGAUUUACCAGACUUAAUCUGCUGAGUCCCUCAAAAAAUCCAAAUAUCAGAUCAUCCUGUGUAUUUCGGAAUGACGAAGUUAAUAUUUCAAGUGCAUUAUUCCGCUCUAGCCAAUUGCAAUAUUUUAAGUCAUGGUUUUUCCCAUAUGCCUUACAUCAUGGACCUUGUUCAACAUGUGUUCUUGAAGAUAAUGAAGCAGACUUUGCAUUUUGUUUCCAAUCAAAACACUGGCCAAUAAAAGCUUUACCAAUGAUACAGAGAUGUCGUCAACAAGGUUGGCCAUCCGAGACUGUUCUAAUGGAAAUAAUAAGUGGGGGAUUCCAUGUUGUUCCUAUAGGUAGCACACUUGAAAAUGGAGAAGAAUGGAGAAUCUCAUUCUCACAAGCUGAACAAAAACUUGUGUAUUCAAUGGAUCACUGUCAGUUUUUGUGUUAUGGUCUCUUCAAAAUUUUUCUUAAAGAAGUAAUUAAUUUUCAAAAUAAUACGACUAUUAUAUGUUCAUAUUACAUAAAAACAUGUAUAUUUUGGGUAAUUCAGAAUGAGCCUUCCUUGACUUGGACACCUGUUAACUUAUUAUCUUGCUUCUGGAAAUGCUUUAAAUUAUUGUUAUACUGGGUACGAGUCGGAGAAUGUCCAAACUUUUUUAUUCCGGAAAACAACAUGUUUAGAGUGAAAGUUACUGGUUCUGUACAAGAUGCAUUAUUCCGUCAGUUGUACGAUUUGUAUUGUAAGGGUAUAUCAUGUUUACUAUUGAGUGAAACAAUCAGACCCUACCUCAGUCAGGCUAUAGUAAACAGAAAAUUAAUAAUAUGUACAGAAGAGAACAGUUUAAUAUCUAGCACUGAGUUAGAUUUUAGCUUUUUUAAAGAAGUAAAGGGACUAAUUCAUAAAAGUAUUGAUUCCAUUGAGGAAUUCAAAGUUUACAUGAAAUAUAUAAAAAAAAUUAUUACUGAAAAUUUGACACCAUAUCAGACAGCUACAUUGCAGUUAAGUACAUCGGCUGUGUUACGGAGCAUCGCCCUUUUGAUUCAAAAUAAAAACCACAUACUAAAAAACUGCAAUAAAAUUCAAUACAAAUCUACUAAAGUAUCCAAUAUAUUGCUUCAAUUAUCAUGCAAGUUUGGCUAUGUGUCAGAUUUUCUGUACCUUGCUGCGUACUUGUACAGAGAUUGUAGGUUCGAACAUUCACUUAAUUGUUUAAGGAAAGCACAGGAGAGAAUGUCACCACCAUAUUGUAUGCGUGGUGGUAAUAUGAAUGUAUAUAUGUACAUACAGUGCAUGACUGGGAUACCUCUGAGUAGAAAAAUAAGGAGAGCUGUUAUGGACAAUAUUAAGUUACAGAGUGAUUACACUUAUAUUAAUGAAUUAGUGCUAGAGCAGAAGAUCAGUAGGAAACAUGGCAUGCCGUCACUGGAUAUCCAACCUCCAGUGAUGUUAUACAUGCUGUUUACACUGAAUCACCACAGACUUGGUGACACAGUCAGGUCAAAAAAAUCUCUACAGGAUCUACAAAAUUUGAUGCUAUAUGCUGAAGGUUUUAAUGUACCAAACUAUCUCAGAGAUAUUUCGUGGCAAAUCAUGGGGAUCUGUCAACAAAAUUGUGGGGACUAUUCAGGAUCUUUUAGGUCGUAUCAAUAUUCGUUUCAACAAGAACCAUUUCAUUUCAUUCAGGAAGCGACAUUGCUGAGAAUGAACGCACUUCCUCAUGGAGGGUUGUAA